AUGGCCAUACAUCAGCUUUCAACUUAAACGAUUAAAGCAUUAUUAACAAGUGCUCUAAACAAAUUGAAUGUCCACGGCAAUAAGAAUGCUGAAGUAGUAUGCUAUUUAAGUCGUAAAAUAAUCGAGAGGGACAAUAUUGGGAGAAUGUUUAAUAAAGUAAAUUAACUUAAAGUGAAUGUUGAUAAUGAAGAAUAAAAGACAAGCUCUAACAAAUCAAUCAAUUAAGAGGACACAGAAGUUCAUGUUAUUACAAGUUUUGCAAGUAAAAAUGCUUUAUAGAAGCUGUAGCAGGAUAAAUUCUAUCAUCCAAAGCUAAAGCAGCAUAUACUUAAUAGGUAAUCUAGAUCAUUCAUGUCCAUCAACUAAGUCGAUUAAAAAACAUAGUUUAAAAAGAAAAAUACUAAUAAAGAUUAUUAAUUAGGAGAGUAAAUGUCUUACUAUAGAGAAUUGAGAGAAAAUUUACAUCAAUAAGAAAAAAUGAAGGCUCAAUUACAUCACUCAUUUAAUUAGCCUCAAUUAGAGCCAAGGCCUAAAAAUGGAGACUUUGCUUCGCUUAUAGAAAGAGAAAGUCCUCCUCCUUGCUACUAUGAAUGGGAUAAAAGUCUUGAUAGGCUAUAACAAUCAUAAAGUAACAUGAAGCUUAAGUUUGAUAAAGCUUCAAGAAAUCUUCUAAAUGAUAGUUUAAACUAAAAUGAAAUAAGUCUACCCAGCAUCAAAAUGAAUCAAGAUAAUAGCUAUAACGAUUUGAGCAGAUUUAAAAAAGCAAAAGGUCUAUUGGACUUUAGUAAAAGUCCUUUGAGAGAUAAUGUGAGCUUCAUGAAAGAUUUGAGUAAGCAUCUGAAUGACAGAAGAAUAAAAAAUGAAUAAAGAAUUAUGGAGAGAGAGUAAAAAAAGAUUCUGUAAUUAAGUAUAAAUGAGAACUAGCCAUUUAUAAACUAAAACUCAUUGGCUAAUUCAAGUAAGAAUUAAACCCCACUUCAACAUAAGACCAAGGAUAUGAAUAAACUAGUUACUAAAUUGGAUGAUUCAUUUUAAAACAGCAGGAAUAUUAAAUCUCAAAUGAAAUCCUUUUUGGCGCAUACUUACAAUCUAACAGAAAUUAAUCUUAAAAAAUAGCAUUUGAAAAGGGUUUAAUGA